CCCAGUAACGCUGCCUAGCAACACGCAGCACUGAAUGCUGUGUAUUACGUGCUGAGAACAAGAGUGUCAGCAGCAUGUCAUCUCAUUUCAGUGCCAAUCAGUACGAGUCUGCCUUUAGUCCCCAGAGGCUGCAAAACUACCAAGUCCCACUAAGACACAAACAGCAUCCUUCACUGAGAUCGGGAUGCACUCGGAUCAUCAGCAAUAACGGGGGCCAUCUCAAUUUCGAUGUUCCACGCAGCCCGGUCUCUCCCUGGGGAAGUUUCGUAGGGACGUGGCAGGCAGAGAGAAGGCCCAUUCAGCUGAAGACGAGGACGAAACUCAUGACUCAUCUCUCGCAGAUCGACCAGCAGAACGCAGAGGGCAGCCGGAGGUCAAGUCGUGCCACGAGUGCUCGUGUGAGCCAAGCGUCUCAGAGGGCUACUAGUCCACGGCCACAAUCAGCCAUGGAAUCUGAACGAGGUGACAGAGAAAGCAAGACAGUUGCUCCAGACAGCCACAAUAAUGAGACCGGGAACCAGGGUGGUAGCAAGCCCCCCACCCCUGCCACAGAGACUGGAAGCAAACCUGCCAUGGAAAUCGGUAGCAAACCCCCCACCCCUGCCACAAAUGCCGGUAGCAAGCCCCACACCCCUGCAACAGAAGCCAGUAGCAAACCCUCCACCGCUGCCACGGAAAUCGGUAGCAAACCCCCCACCCCUGCCAGUGCCAGCAAACCCCCUACGCCAGCC